ACAAACAGGUCACAUGACAAUUUAUACCACCUGUAUAAAAACCGUGAGAAGCAACAAGCUGAUGUCUUCUGACAGCAGCUUAGAGUUGGAUGCAGGAGGGAGUUCGAGAACACGACUCAUCUUUUACACAGAAAUGAAGCGUGUUCUGUGUCUGCUGGUUGCAGGACUUUACCUGUGCUUGCAAUGCCAGGUGGUUGCUGAAUAUCAUGUGAGCAGUGCUGAAAUUGAAAAGGCUGUUGCUGAAGCCAAGACCAUUGUGGACAGUGCUUACCUUUUCUCCAGAAGACAGUAUGUUGACCGUGUGAAGAGGAAUGCUGCCAGUGUGUCAGAUGUCAUGCGGCUGUUGAAGCAGCCUCAUGGCCAGACCCGUAAUGCUGUGCGUGCUGCUGAUUACAUGGAACACACUGUGAAACUGAUCAAGACGUCUCUGCAAGCGCGUCAUAAACGCUCCAUCAACGAAACAGAUUUCCUGGACGCCAGCACAUUGCAAAGCAUUUCUGACUCGACAGGCUGCUCCAUCCAACGUCGUCCCCCAAAUUGCACUGGAUCUCAAACAUUUCGCACUGCAAGCAAUGUCUGCAACAACAGACAAAACAGCCGUUGGGGCGCCUCCAACACACCCUUCACCCGCUUUGUCCCAGCUCAGUAUGAGGACCAGUUCUCUCUGCCCAGAGGAUGGACCGCUCAGCUGAUUAACAAUUACGAACUUCCUCUGGUGAGGGAGGUGUCCAACCAAAUUGUGAAGGCUACUGCAAUUGAGAGCGACUCAUACUACUCUCACUUGGUGACAAUCUUUGGCCAGUGGACAGACCAUGACCUGACCCUGACUCCUACCUCACCUAUAAUUGCCACAUAUGGCAGCCCUUCCAGCUGUGACGACACCUGUGCCCAGAUAGAGCCCUGUUUCCCCAUCACGGUCCCAUCCACAGACCCUCGUUACACCUCAGAGUCACUGCAGUGCCUUCCCUUCACCCGCUCUGCAGCCACUUGUGGGUCUGCUGGCACCUAUGGUACAGUGGCUCCCCGUGAGCAGCUGAACGCCCUGACCGCUGCCAUUGAUGUAGGUCAGGUGUACGGUGCAGAUGAUGCCACAGCUCUCCUCCUGCGCGACCUCACCUCAGAUCAGGGCCUCAUGAGAGUCAACACAGACUACACUGACAACGGUCGUGAGCUCCUGCCUUUUGUCAACUCAAGUGUCAACUCUUGCGCCAACCGAGCUCGCAUGACUGGUAAUCCUCAGGAGGUGCAAUGCUUUCUGGCUGGUGACACCCGCUCCAACGAAAACAUCGCUCUGACCUCAAUCCACACCCUGUUGUUGCGUGAACACAAUCGUCUGGCUCGCGCUCUGGCCAAACUCAAUCCACUCUGGGAUGGUGAGAGACUGUACCAGGAGGCCCGUAAAAUCAUGGGAGCAUACUUCCAGAUUAUCACCUAUAGGGACUACUUGCCCCUUGUUGUUGGCCCAGACCUGAUUGCCAAGCAACUGUCCAACUACCCUGGUUACGAUGAAACCGUGAAUCCCAGCAUUGCCAGCGUGUUUGCCACAGCUGCCUACCGAUUUGGUCACCUGAUCGUUCAGCCUUCUGUGUUUCGUCUUAAUGAGCAGUACCAGGAGCAUCCUACUUUCCCAUCUCCCUUCCUCCACCAGGCCUUCUUUGCAUCAUGGAGAGUCAUAUUUGAAGGUGGUGUGGACCCUCUUCUGAGAGGGCUGAUAGGUAGGCCGGCCAAGCUGAACCAACAAAGUAACAUGAUGACAGAUGAGCUGAGGGACAGGCUGUUUAAAUUCUCUGCUAAUCUGGCCCAGGACCUGGCCUCUCUCAACAUGCAGAGGGGACGAGACCAUGGAAUCCCUGGCUACAAUGCAUUUCGCAAGUUCUGUGGACUGUCGCAACCUCAAAAUGAAUCAGACUUGGCUGAAGUGAUGAAGAACCGAACUCUGGCUAGAAAGUUUUUGGCUCUCUACGGCACACCUAAUAACAUUGAUGUGUGGGUGGCCGGAGCAUCUGAGCCAUUUUUACCUGGAGCAAAAGUGGGACCACUGUUUGGUUGCCUGAUUGCUACCCAGUUUCAGAGGAUCCGCCAGGGGGACAGGCUGUGGUGGGAGAAUACUGGAGUCUUCACUGAUGCACAGAAAGCAUCAUUGAGUCAAGCCUCAUUUUCCCGCUUCAUCUGUGACAACACUGGCAUCACUGAGGUUCCCCAGAAUGCCUUCCUGUACAGGCCUCGAGGGUCUGGUUACACCAGUUGUUCAGAUAUUCCUGCAGUUGACCUCAGUCCAUGGCAAGAAGGCAAACCAGGACCACCAGGGCCACCAGGACCCCCAGGACCACAGGGACCAUCAGGACCACAGGGACCCUCAGGACCACAGGGACCAACUGGACCAUCAGGACCACAAGGACCGAGAGGGCUAUCUGGACCAGCAGGCCCCGCUGGACCUCCUGGCCCUGUGGGAAAAGUUGCUUUCUCGGUGCAACUGGGCUCUUGUACACCUAGGAAUGGCGUAGCCAUUAACUUCAAUAAUGUCAUCUACAAUGGACAGAACAGUUAUUCCACCACCACGGGUAGGUUCACCUGUAGCGUCCCAGGUGUUUAUGAGUUUGAGUUCCACUGUACAAUCUACAGGAACAACGGCAACAUGGAUCUGUACCUCAAUGGCAAGUCCAUUCUGCACUCAUACACCAGCCAGCAGAACGGCUACAUCAGUGCUUCUGGCAAUGUGUACAUUAGGCUGGAGAGGGGAGACCAGGUGUGGCUGGUGGCCAAGGAGGGGGCCAGCGGUUUGACCAGAGACAGCACCUUCUCAGGAGGCCUGCUGUUUAUUGAGUAGAAGACUGCCCCUGAUACAGCUUAAGCCAAACUUUUACAAAAAUGUCCACAAUUUUAUUAGGUCAUUUGAAACAGUUUCCUGCAAAGCAGGAGUAAUGGAAACUCCAUACAUGUUUAGAAACUGUUAAAAUUAGGCAGUUUAAGAUUAGAAGAGCUACUUCGUCAUGGUUCACAAUUUUUAAAUUAUGAUAUAAAUCUAUUAAUUUAUUAUAAUAAAUCAUGUUUCAAACUGCUCAAAGCCUAACAGGAAAACACACUGUUUGACCCUGAAUAAUCUUAAAACUCUGAUAAUUAGAAAAAUAUUGAAGCAAUCAUAAUAAAAACUGUAGCAACAAUAACAACUUCUGACUAAUUUUGUAAUGUUCUUUUAACUUUAGAAGUGAUAAUUUUACUACGCUAUUCAUGUCUUUUCACAUGUUUAUGGCUGAUCUACUAAUUUCUUGGCACACUAAAAUAAUCAUGUUUAGAAAAUGUAUUUAAGCCACUGAGCUUUGUACUGUAAGUGUAUAUUUGAUAGUUUUGUCAUUAUUUUGUUAUAUUGUACUUUUAAGUAUUUAAUCAAUGCUAAGUCAUCGUAACACAUAAUUUCAUUGUCCAGUAAAUGCCACUUGCAUUUCUCUGGCCCCCAAUAUCCCAUUAAGAUCAUUAUUUUGUGUAUGGGUUUAAUAAAGUUGAUGACAUAAUAACUAUAAA